UCAACAACUACCCUUUCUCUACUGUUAACGCACGAGAUCAUCGUACUCGUAUUUCUUCGGUAGUCCGCGAUACACAUGAUCGUUACCCGGAUGUAUUUAUGUGCUCUCCAAAUUUCCGUUGGCACAAAAAAAGUAGUUUUCGUUUCAAUUUCGCUCUCCCUCCAGACUCUUCCCUCUCAUCUCGUUCUUCGUUUUCUCUCUCUACAGAUACAAUCUAUUGAUACAGAUACACCCAAAAUUAGGCGCUGUAUGCAUCUUUAGUCGCGAUAUUCUGCGCGGAAUUCCCCUCUCUCUCUGUCGUUUUCCUGGUGUUGUUUUGCUCCCUUUUGGAGGAAAUGGACAUGAUCGCUGUGAAGGAUUCGAGCAUUCUGAUGAUUUGUUGCUACGCUAUUGGUGGAGGAAUGGUUGCCGGCAAACGAAUAGCUAGACGGUCUGUGAAAACUUUUAUAAUACCUACUGUGCCUCGAAGUUGUAAGUUCAGGGCUUUCUAAACUCGAAGUUAGGGUUUCGUUAUCUGUCUGUUUUUUAGUGUUAUUGGAGCUGAAACUUGGAUUCUUGUCGUAUAAUCUCGGUGGUUUUCUUGUUCUUCAAGUGUAUUGCUUUUAAAAUUGAGGCGAAAGGAUUUUCUGGUUUUGACACUUCUGCUGUCUCCAUUGAACUAGCGAUUUGGAGAAUUUGUGUGAAAUUCCUUCUGUUAUUUGCAAGUUGACUACCUGGAGAAUUGUGAAAUUUCAUUCUGGGCUAAGUGUAUGGUGGAGUUUGAGUUGAUUGCUGAGCUUUGAUGAGUAUAUCUGUUGGGGGUUGAAGUUGAGUUGAGUGUUGUUUUUGCAUUGUGGUGAAACUUAGGAUUUAGGUUUUCACUAGAUUAGCUUCAAGGUAGCCUACUUUUCUUGAAGAGUUUGACGGGCAGGGAGGAUGGAAUUAGGUUUCCCAAAGACUAGCAUUGGUAAUUUGAAAGAGCAGUUGUUAAGGACAACUCUCCGUAAUGUGCGAGCACAGGGGCAUCCAUAUGUCGAGCUUAGGGAAGAUGGGAAGAAAUUGAUCUUUUUCUGUACUAUGUGUCUUGCACCUUGUUAUGGCGAUUCAAGCUUGUUUGAUCACUUGAAGGGCCAUUUUCACACUGAAAGACUAGCCACUGCACAAGUUACGCUGCUCAAACCAAAUCCAUGGCCGUUCAAUGAUGGUGUGUUUUUCUUCCAUGAUUUUAUGGAGGAGAAAAGUAAAAGCUUACCUGCUUCAGACUGUGGCCAAAACAAGUUGCUAGAUAUCCAUAAUGCUGGCACAGAUAGCCUUGCGAUGGUUAAAUAUAAUGCAAAUGCUGGACCAGUUGCUAGUUCACAGAGUUCACAGGAGAGCGAGGAUAAUGCCGAUUGUGAUGAAAAUCCCAGUAGUUCUACCUUGGAUGGUGAUGGAACUGGUCGGCUACUAGUUAUCCCGGGUGUUCUGCAAAAAGACGAGGUUUCUGAUUUGGUGGCGCGGCAUAUUGGAGUUGGAAAAAUUGGUGCCAGGUUUAGUGAGAAGGAUGGGGUCUCCAGUGAAAUUCGUAGAAUAUGGUGUGAAUGGCUAGGGAAUGCGGAUGCUACCACUGAGGAUGUUGAUGAGACUCCUGAGCAUGACUUUGCUAUUGUUACAUUUUCUUACAACUAUAACUUGGGACGGAAGGGGUUACUUGAUGGUUUCAGAUAUUUGCUUCCAUCGAGUCCUCAUUCAGAAGCUGAGGACAGUGGCUCUUCUAGAGGCAAGAAGAGGAAGUCAUUUUCUGAUCCAGAGGAUAUAAGUGAAGCCUUAAGAAAUCAAGAUGACUCUUCUGGGGAAGAGUCUCAAUCUUCAAAUAGUUCAAAGUCAAAAGUGCUGUUCUCUGGAAAUGAUGAUCAGUUGGUGCAUUCUCGCAUUCUUUCGAGCAAGACUAUGAGGAAACAAUUAAGAAACCAACACCGUAUCGCCUCUGAGAGGACUUGUGAUAUAUGCCAACAGAAGAUGCUGCCGAACAAAGAUGUUGCUGCUCUGUUAAACAGGAAGACCGGAAAGCUUGUAUGCAGUAGUAGAAAUUUUACUGGGGCAUUCCAUCUUUUUCACAUAUCCUGUCUCAUUCACUGGAUACUGCUCUUUGAGGUUGUUUUUGCCAAGCAGACACAUGAGCCCAAAGUAAAACUGAGAUCCAGGAAGAAGGCUAAAGGCAAGAACGGGCAGAAGCCUGAGAUACAGGACAGGAAAAUUUGCUCAGCAUUCUGUUCUGAAUGCCAGGGCACUGGUAUAAUAAUUGAUGGGGAUGACCUUGAGAUACCAACUGUCCCGCUUUCUGAGAUAUUCCAUUAUAAGAUCAAACUGUGUGAUGCUCGCAAAGCCUGGAUAAAAAGCCCUGAAAUGCUGGAUAAUUGCUCAUUGGGCUUUUAUUUCCCUCAGCAGUCUGAUGAAAUAUAUCAGGAAACUGUAGCACCACUGAAAUUGCUGCACUUCUAUCGAGCUGAUGAGUAGAUAGAUUUCGUUGAGCCUUGUUCAUCCACUGAUGAUACUGCUGUGUGGAAAUCACUUCUGACGCCUGCAUCUGUGAUGGGUGAUGAUUCUGAAGAAACCAAUGGUAUGUACUGUAUAGGUUUAGAAGGCAGUUUUUAACCGGACAGCUUAGGUGCUUAUGUACGUCGUAUUUGCUUACAUCUGUUCAUUGUAAAUACAUUGCAAUCGUUUGAGAAGAUUUACUAUGAAGUUCUUCCUCGUACAAAUUUGAAUGUGUAGCUAUCAGAUGAUGUCAUCUGAGUUUCUGUUGAUUCAAUUUGCGAUUCAUUUGGCU